AUGUGUUCCUCACAUAUUAUCUCCACUGAUUUUCCGCCCAAUCACUUCCCACCGCCUCUGUUAUCUGUUUAUAUCGGUCGCCUUCUUCGAUUUGUUGAUUUCGCUUUCUUCUUUGAAUCCCAGCUAUUAUUCUUGCCCUAUAGAGACAGAGAUCGAAGAGCGCAAUCGACCGUCUCCGGCGGCUCACUCCCUUGCUUUGCUUCGUGCUCACUGUUGACUUUAGAUGAAACAUGGCAAUCAGUUAAGCUGAGGUGCAAGAAUGCCAAAUUAGCAAGAUUUGAGGGGCCAUGGUUAGGCUUAUCGUUGAUGAUCAAGAUGUCUUUGCUCAUUCUCUAUCUGGGUGGCAGCAGAACAAGGAUGUCUAGAGCUACUAAUGCUUAUGAUCUACCUACAAGGUUAUACAUACUGUGGGUGUGGGUUUUGAGAAGAAGAACUAGCAAUUUUUGUCCAAAACGCCACAAAGCUAGAAUGUCAUUACAUAUGGAAUCGCCUACAACAUGAUGAGACGGAAACUACUAAUAUUAGGAUGACCAAUAGUAGCAAACUUUUGUAUCUUCUCCUUUGAUAUGUAUUAACUUUUGAUAUGUAUUGGACUAUUACACUUGCAAUCAACAAGGCUAUCAUCCCCAGGCAAUACACCGCUUCUGGCUCAAUUUGAUUUGAUUUUUCGAUUUUGAUUUUGAAGGUUCAUUUUUGGUUUCUCCAUGUCUGCUAUCGCCUUACAUAUUGGAGUAUUCAUUCUGAUAUGUGCUACGUAUGAUCAUCUAUGUUUUUUCUUUAACAUUUUCAUUUGGUUUUUGUUGUGUUUCAAGUUAUUAUUUUCACAAGUGGUGUCCUUUUCGGUGUAACAAGUUUGGACUAUGACUAGG